CUAUUCGAAUUCUGUGCUAAAACCAAAACCCCUUGUAUCUUCGGUGGCAAAAAGAUGAUGAUUUUGAAUAAUAAUAACACUUCUCCACCAAUGUUUGAAAGCAAGAAAAUGACAAUAAUAUAUUUUUUACUUUUAGGAGCUAGGGAAAAUGGAAAAAAGAAAAGAAUAUAAAAUUAUUCCAGUGGAAUUUGUGGAUAUUCAGGAUGGCGAUUAUAUAUUGAACUCAUCUGACGGGGAAGAGUACAGAGUAACAGGUGACAUUUCUACGAAAAAAGGAAGCAUGAUUCGUGUACUUGAUGAUACUUUCUUAAAACUGACAAAUGAUAUUGAACAGAAUAAUCUUGAAGAAAUUGUUAUUCUGAAGGAUGAUGUGAAGAGGGAGCAAUUUGGAGAAUCCAAUGUAACAUCUAGGGAAAGAUUGACUGCUGUUUGGCCGAAUAUGGCAACAAAAAUCCUUGUUGAUAAGUAUAAGGAACUGAAACCACGAGUACUAAGAUCAGAAAUAAAAUCAAUGAAGCAUAUGUGGGAAUUAAUAAAUGAGGAACUUGGAAUCAAUGGUUUCCACUAUGAACUUCAGCAGGUUGAGAGUAAAUGGAAAAGUUUAAUAAGGUCAUAUAGAGUGAGAGUUUCUGUUGGAGGGAAAAGAAAACCUAAUUCCUUUGCUGCGCCAUUUGAUAAAGAAAUAGGGGAGAUAUUAUCACUAUUAAGUCAAAAUGAUACAGACAUGGACAGAAUUGAUUCAAGGUGAGUUUAAUAUGAAUGAUUCUUCAAGGAAAAAAUUAAUUUUUUUUUAGUCCACCCCCCAAAAAAUCAAAAUUGACCACUGAAGAAAUGUGUGAUAAUGGUAGUUCAAAAAUGGAUCCUGAAGAAAUUGUAUCCAAAACAAUUUUCAAACUAAAUACAGAAGAAAUAAAUAAAAACCUCUCUCUAAUAGUGAAAUCAAUUGAAAGAGGUACCUUGAAAAGAGAAAAGGUUGAAGAGAAAAAGUGGGAACAAAGGGAAAGACUUAUAAACGCAAUUGAGAAAGGAAAUGAAUUACUUAGUCGAUUAUUAGAGAA